AAGCUUGAAGAAGGAUGUUCGUGAUAUUGUGUUCUAUCCAAAGUACUGCUUACCUUUCUUGCAGGCUAGAAGGCUCGUGUGUAUUGAAUGUUCUUGGUCUGAAGAAGUUUCCCCAUCUUUCUCUAUCAAGGACCUGGUCACAUGGGGAGUGAUAAUAAAUUUUGAAAGAGUAAAAAGUGUAUCUGAAGAUGAUGCAAAUAGAAAGCCCGAAGAUGGAGACUACACAGUGGAUAUUCUUUCAAGAUGUGUCGUGAGCAAAGAUGGAUAUUCUUACAUGCUAUCUUACGGCUUGGUAUAUUUGGUAAACUUCUAGAACCUUUGCUCAGUUCGGAUGAGCGUGAGCUGAUAUUGAAAGCGCUUGGGAGGAAGAAGCCUAUUGAUGCCAGUGUGGAUUUGAGUGUUAUUGGACGAAUGGAUACUUGUGAGAAUUUGAGUGGAGCCGAUCUUGCUGCACUGAUGAAUGAAGCUGCAAUGGUUGCUCUUGAAGAGAAAUUAACAUCAACUGAGAGCACUUCUGAUGCAGCUCCAUGGACCAUCAAGACGACACAUUUUGAGCAAACUGUGAGUAAAAUCUCUCCUUCCGUAUCAGACGAGGUAUGAUUUGGUCACUGCUUAU